UUUUUUCUUUUGAAAAGUUGGACCUGUGGCUGAAAAGCUGUCCCACCUCACCAAUUGGGCUUUUUUUUGUCGAGGAAGUGAGACGCCCGAAAAAACGUCAUAAGGUCCUGUUCCCGCGACCUCCUCCGCGACCCGGUCAACACGACCUCCCCACUGCCUGAAGUGGUAACCCCCCACCCCCCCUUCUGGGAUUCUUUUCAUUUCCUCAUGACCGCCUGGUUCUUCGAGUUCAAUUAUGGGGAGAAUUAAAAAGGUGGCGAGCCAAAAACAUGAGGCGACGAUCUCACCCUUUCUAGCAGAGUUCGUCGCUCGUGCUACGGAUAUUUCACUCGCCGAGCUCCCUUCGCAUCUUACCACCUUCCCUCGCCUGUGGCCUUUCCCCCGAGGUGACCUUUAUCAUUGGAUUAACGUUUUGAAUCGCUUCGACGAGAUUCUUGCGUCCGUCAUCGACAAAUACGCCCUCAACAGUGGACCUCAGACUACGCCCUUUGGCAGAUGUGUCUUGGUGGAUUCAUAUACCAAUGAUGAAGGCAAACCGAGCACCCCGGACGUUGAGACCAAAUUGAAUGACUUGGGAUACGGUCAGGAAGGUGAUAGGGAGCUUGUGGAAGUGAUUCUUGAUUUCUCUAGGCUGCUAUUGGAAAAGUGCGGUAAUCGAAGCUUGUACAACAGCAGCGAACGCCUUGGGGAGCUUUUGAACACCACAUCUCUCUCCCUGUUGCAGUCUACACUCCGCCUGUCUCUCUGCUUGGCACAACGAUACUACUCGCGCCAUCGAGGAGGCUCUCAUCUCCAGCAGGGUUUACUGGCUGCUCACUAUAAUAUUGAUUUGGAGAAGCUGCAGAAGAUCGCCUCUCCUUUCCCUCGCCCUUCCACGUCUGCGAAGACCCCCUUAUCGCCCACUGUUGGCAUCAAGGGCAAAGAGAGAGGGCCCCAGACCAAGCACAAUGCCAAUGAGCUUACUUCUCUUGUCCGUGAUGAUGAUGGUUGGGAUGAAUGGGCACAUGUGCGCGUGCUUUAUUAUCCGUCGGACUCCGCACCAGUAAAGUCCUCGGCAGAUGGUGCAUCGGGCGGGACUCAAACACACCCCCCUUCCACCCCGACGCCUCUGCGUAGGUCGCAUACCCAUCCUACCCCUCGCUUGACCCGUACUACCAUCGUCGAGGAUAGUCCCGGGUCUGUUACGAAUUCCCCUUCCGGAAAGGCUGAAGAGUCCCUGCGGGGUGGGAAGUUUCUGGACAUCCCCCACUCGAAGAUCUCUUCAGAUACCGCCGAAGACCUGUUGAAGUCACAUAUUGAGGGCAUACCGGAUGAUUCAAAAUACGAGCUGCUCCAUAAAAUUCGCGCAGCGCAGGCAUUGGCCGUAUCUCGCUCUACUCGGGAGCAGAUCCUUGCGAUUCGAAUGCUCGCUGUUACUAAUCUCGCAUACAUCUACCCCGAAUCGCUUUUCCAGCAAAAGGUCUUGCAGUAUGACAUGGAGCAGCCCAAACGCCUUCAGCUUGCCUAUCAAUUAGCCGAGCUGGUUCACCUCGGUGCAAGUGAAGAUUUGCCAGUCUCGCGCACUCUGCAAACAUUGGGGAUUCAGGCUCUCGAUGCACUUGCAAAGCACAAGUCUCGCGCAAUUGAUGUCUGUGCGGCGUUGAGCGUCAAUGUAAACCACGGCGUGCUCAUGUUCUUGACCCGCAAAGCCGUAAAUGAACUGGCUGCAGAAGAUGACGAGAAGGAUGAUGGUAGUCAGGACGAGUGGCGUGACGCCUUGCUUGGUCUCCUGCGGACACUCCCUGGCUCAAGCACUCGAACCCCGGAGACCCUGGUUUCUGCCGGCUUGAUUCCAAUGUUUGUUGACGUGCUCAACUUGCGAACGGAGAAGGCCCGACGCGUCUACUCUCGAAUCAUGGAGUUCUUGGAUACCUUCGUCCACGCAGUCCGUGACGCAUUGGGGACGCUUACAAGUGCCAAGGGUUUCGAUGCAAUUUCAGAUUUGAUUGACUAUGAAACGAAGACUUCAUUUGAAAGCGUACACAAGGGCGCAGGGAUUCCUUCCCAAUACAAGACAUCCACGAUUGAUUACCAGAUCCCCUACUUCCAGCAACAGACUCUCAGGUGGAUGUUCAGAUUUGUCAAUCACAUCAUGCAGCACAAUGGUGGCGGCUUUGAUCGAGUCCUCCGGAACCUGAUCGAUUCGCCUCAGCUGCUCACGUCUCUCCGCUUGGUGAUUGAGAAUGCUCUGAUAUAUGGAUCGCACGUCUGGAGCAACACGGUCAACAUUCUCAGUAGUUUCAUACACAACGAGCCCACCAGCUAUGCAGUUAUCGCCGAAGCGGGUCUGAGCAAGAGCUUCCUCGAGUCCGUGACACUGUCCACGCUGAAGGCUCCAGAAAAACCGCCGGCGGUGGAGGAAGAGGCCCCAGCGACCGAAGGUGAACCUUCUGGAGCACCUGAAGUUGCGGCCGAGCCUGCGCUUCCUCCCAGUGAAGGCGACAGUCAACCUCGAGAGUAUGCCAUCGUCAGGAGCAAGGACUCCAAACUUGCGCCUGGAAUCAUGACUUCUGCGGAAGCUUUGUCGUGCAUUCCGUCAGCCUUCGGGGCGAUUUGCUUGAAUUCAUCCGGCCUUCGACUUUUCCGAUCCUCCCACGCCCUCGAGAGCUUCUUUGAAAUCUUUGAGAACCCCGAGCACGUGAGAUGCUUGAAGGACGACCCUAAUCUGGUUCGCUCGCUAGGUACAACCUUUGACGAGCUAGUGAGGCAUCAUCCCGCGCUCAAAUCGUCGAUCAUGAGUGUCGUCAUUGUCAUGAUCGCACGCGUUGGCUUUUUAUGCAGAAGUAAAGCCUGGUCACAGGGCCUCGGGACGAAGCUCUGGAAAGAGGGAGCCGACGGAAAGCCGGCGCCUUCGGGAAGUUCGUCUGACUUGUUCCGAAGGAUGGGUGUGCCUGAAGAUUCCGACUUGACCGACCCUAGCAAUCUUGGUGUCAGGGAGCUGAACUCCACUGCACUCCCUGAUGGCGGAAAACUAGUCACCGGCGAUCUAAGCCAGGUUCUCCCAUCUGCCGGGAAUCAAAUUGAGCCUAAGGAUGCCGACGAAGCCGGUCUCACGGUCACGGACUACCUCUAUCCUCUGGUACGAUUCCUGGGGGCUUUCUUCGAGAAUCAGUCGAACUGCACUUAUUUCAUCGAAUCCGGCGGGGUGGAGUUUGUUCUGGACCUGGCAACGUUGCAGAGUCUGCCGUUUGAUUUCCACAACGCGGAAGCCAGUCAGGAACUCACUGUUUUAGUGCACAUGAUGUCUGAAACAAAGCCCCACUUGGUUGUACCAUCUCUUGUUGAACGUGCAGAGUCAGCUGUUGAGAUGCUAUCUCAAUUCUGGCGUUCGGAGGUGCCCAGGGGUCUCGGAUACUUCACUCCUCUUACCACACCGGCUUAUGAUGAAAAAUCUAAGGACAAGGGAGCCGAAGUAGAUUCUGCUGUGCAAGACAAGGGCAUUUUCUUGGCUCGACACAUGGUCACUACUCUCAUUCUAACGGGUCUUGUGCGCGAGGUUUACGCGAUACCCCUGUACCAGUCUCGCCCCAGUCAGCAGACGUCUGCCUUUGCCCAGGUCAAUUUAGCCGACCGCUAUUGCUCCCUGAUCAAGAAACUAGGUGGUUUACACGCGGCAUGCGUAUGGGAAGAAAUCUACCUGGAGCAAACCAUCCCAGAGACCUGGAACCAGGCAACGAAAGUGCAAUCUUCUGGAUCAACUGCCGAUCGGCCUAACGACACUCCUGCCCCCGUGGAUCCCGCAGGAACCUCCACCGCACCUACAGCGGAAAGCCAGGGAGAAGGUUCGACAGCUAGCGUAUCCGCUCAGCCGGUGACCGCCCAAGAACCGAGCAACAAAGCAAGCAACGUUUCUGAAGACAGCGUAGCAUUCAAAAAUGUGCGAGUGCUUCGGUAUCUUCUUAGCUCUUUGCCUUCCUCGAUCACAGGCUUUUUCCACAACUUGGGGCUUGGCCUGAUUGGCAAGCGAAGGAUCGAUUCAUAUCAGAAACAAAAUGCUACUCUGGUAGCCGAGGCGGUCGCAGAUGCUGUUAUUGAACAGCUCAAAUCUGGGCCUCCAAAUGCUUGCGAGAAUCCCAAGCUUCGGUUUGCCUACCUGAUAGUGAUUCUGUCCUCGUUCUCUCACUUGCUAUUCGAGGCCACGGCGGACCGACCGCAAACCAAUUAUCUCACGCUCGUGCUAUUCGCUUUCAAGAGACGGGACGGGUUAAAACUUCUGAAGGAGAUUUGUGAUGUCUUCGUGCGAGAAGUCAAGUCUCUAACCCCGCCCGAAUCUGUACCUGCGUCUGAGAAUGACGUGUCUGCCCGACUUACUUCUGCCUAUGGCGGCAUCAAGAUCAUAUUGGGCUUCUUUUCUGAGCUCGUUUCUGGCAAGAACAUCGUCGAAUCUAGUCAAACCCAAGCAAUGACUAGCAGUGAUCGGGAGCGGGAACGGCCGGAUUUCUUCCAGCCAGGUCAAUUUUUGGUUGACCUUCGCAUGGAGAUUCUGCCCAUGGCUCGAGAUUUGUGGGACUCCGAUUUUGCGACACAAUCGUCGAGCUCUGUCAUCAAAUGCCUGAUUGAUAUCCUGCGCUCGUCCCUUGACGGCGAGUAUGAAACGGGAGCGGUUGCACGGCGCUCGGACGCUCCUCCUGCACUGGCAGAUGUCGGACGCAAAACCCUAGCCAUUCAUAAGGAUCGCGCGACUUCUUUACAGGAGAAGGGGUAUUCGUCGGACCUGGUGAAGGAGGCAAUGUACCGCUGCAACAAUCUUUACCUUGUUGCCGAAGACUACUGCAAGGCUCAAAAUUGGCUUCUGGCUCCCCCGAGGGUAGCACCGCCUGCAGACGAUAUUGAGAUUGUCCGGUCCAAUGCCCCUACCGGGGAAACUUCUGAAGACCCAGCCGCCGAAGAAGGCCCUCCCUAUGACAAUGGAUUCCUAGAUAACUCUGCAUUUGCUAUGCUUUUAGCACAAGCAUCAGGCCGACCAGAAGAAGGGCGUCGCCAGGAAGGCCAAGAUAGACCCGAGGAAACUGAAGUCAGGCAUGGCUCCGAAUUUUUGGCUCGGGCCUUGACUACUAUUCUCAACGACGACCACGGAAAUGGCGACGGAGUUCGAGACAAUCGAAACAAUACUGCUCGUCCCGCUGCCCCCGCCGAGGGAAGCUCGUCCGAGCCUUCGAACCAAGCUGCCAACCCGCCCCCUGAACCGCGUGCAGAGCAGCCAACGAGACGACGCGAAGUAGUGUCUGUUGAAGAUUUGGACCAGGACCGUGAAAAAGUGCGAGAAAACCUCAUUGAGCGUUGUUUGGAUGUUUUGAACGAGCAUCAUGAUGUGUCCUUCGAGCUCGCGGAUCUUAUUGCAUCCGCAACACGAAAGCAUCGCGAACCCGAAACGUUCCGGAGAGAAGUAGGAGAAAUCCUUGUCCAGUCUCUCGUUUCGUUGCAGACGGAGAAUUUCCAAGAAGCUGGCAAAAAGGUGGCCGCCUAUGCCCAUCUUCUGGCUCUCGUGGUACAGGAUAGAGACAUGUACAAUGCUACUCUGGGAGAGAUAAAGGAAUGUUUCACCACCUUUUUAGCGUUCAUUCAAGUUCCGAGCGAGAAGACUUCGAACGAGUCCUUCCCGUGGAUCGGACAUGUCUUACUUGUAUUGGAGAAGUUGCUUUCUGAUGAUUGCCAGCCGCAUCAAAUCAAGUGGACCCUGCCUGAUAAUGAUGGCACAAGCGCAGACGAAGAAGGACCGGCCCAGUUGGAAGAGCCUCUGGUGUCUCAAGACCAAAAGAUUCAGUUGUUCGAGUCUCUGAUCGAAAUCCUACCUAGGAUCGGGAAGGACGAUACACUCGCAUUGUCAGUGUCUAGAAUUCUAGUCAUUCUUACCAGAAUUCGGAGCAUUGCGGUCCGUUUGGGCGAAAAGCGAAGCCUGCAGCGUCUUUUCGUUAUGGUCAAACAGCUUUCGAGCUCCACCAAUGAAAAGCUCCAAGGUGCUUUCAUGCUGAUAUUGAGACACAUCAUUGAAGAUGAGGACGCCAUCCGGCAAAUCAUGCGGAGUGAAAUUGUUGCCAACUUCGAAUCUAAAUCCUCUCGCCAAAUUGAUACUACUGGAUUCGUUCGCCAGAUGUACCAUCUGGUAUUAAGAUCACCAGAAUUGUUUGUCGAAGUAUCCAACGAGAAGCUGAAGUUGCAGCGGUAUGAUAGCCGACAACGCCCGCAGGUUCUUACAUUAAAGGCCGAUAAGAACACGAAGGGAGCAAGCUCAUCGCAGGAACGUCAAGAGGAGACAAAGGAUGGUGAAAAGCCCUCAGCUGAUUCACAUGCCAGCGAUGAUAAAGGCAAGGGCAAGGGACAAGAGUUGAAGCCUCCUGUUGUGGAGAAUCCAGAUGGUGUUAUACACUAUCUGCUCUCUGAACUCCUGUCUUACAAAGAUGUCGACGAUAAGGAACCCCCAACGGAAACCGCAGAACAGCCUGCGUCAGAACAACCUGAGGCGCAGACUGACGUGGAGAUGUCAACGGACGAACGUUCUCCCUCCGUCUCUAGUGCCGAUCUACAGGGCGGACGCAGUGCUAAGAAGGCAGAAAAGCCAACGUUUAAGGCAGACGACCACCCGAUUUACAUCUACCGCUGUUUCCUCCUUCAAUGCCUGACGGAAUUGCUUUCUUCUUACAACCGAACGAAGGUCGAGUUUAUCAAUUUCUCUCGCAAAGCCGAUCCGUUGGCAAGCACCCCUUCGAAGCCCCGGUCUGGAAUCUUGAACUAUCUCCUGAAUGCUCUUGUUCCUAUCGGCACCAUGGACCAUGACGAAUCCGUUUCGUUCAAAAAGCGGAGCAAUACAUCCGCUUGGACCAUGCGUGUCCUUGUCGCCUUGUGCACAAAGACUGGUGAAUUCGGUGGAACUGGAAGACGGCGCGGUGAGCAGAACCCGAACGAGGAGGAUGAGCCCGAGCUUGCCUUCGUUCGCCGGUUCACUCUAGAGCACGCUCUACGGUCGUACAAGGAGGCCAACUCAUCCAACGAACCCCUGGACGCCAAGUAUUCCAGGUUGAUGUCUUUGGCCGAUCUAUUCGACAAAAUGCUUAGUGGGUAUGCUUUCGUGUCAGGGGACACGGCUUUCCCAUCUUCGACUACGCAACUCGCGAAGACCAUGUUCGAAAAGAAUUUCAUCGCUGCUCUCACUGCCUCUGUCGCCGAAAUCGACCUCAACUUCCCAGCGUCUAAGCGUGUCAUCAAAUAUAUCCUACGGCCGCUGAACAAGCUUACGAAGACUGCUGUGCAUCUGAGCGAAUCUUCCGAUAUCUCUACUCUUGUGGAAACCGAGGAGGGCGAUAUUUCUUCGGCCACAUCGGUGUCUGAUAUGGAAGAUGAACGCGAAGAAACCCCUGACCUUUUCCGCCAUUCCACUCUGGGAAUGUUAGAGCCUCGUCACGAAGAAGAGACAAGCUCUGACGAGUCGGAGGAAGGAGAUGACGAGAUGUACGAUGACGAAUACGGAGAAGAGAUGGACUACGAUGAGGAUGUACCCGAGGAUGACGGCGAAAUGGUUAGUGACGAAGAGAUCGAGGGCAUGGGUCCUGUUGAAGGCCUCCCUGGUGACUCCGGUAUGGAUAUCGAGGUUGUCAUCGACGAUGAGGAUGAUGACGACGAUGACGACGAUGAUGAUGAUGACGAUGACGAUGAAUCGGAUAUGGAGGACGAUGAAAUCCUUGCUGGCGAGAUCACUGGCGACCGGGACAACGAAAGCCUAGGGGAUGGUGAGGACGAUGAGUGGGAGAGCGAGGAUAUGUCUGAAGAUGACGAUGAAGCUGAAAUCAUGAACCAAUUCGAAGACGAACUCGCCGAUAUCAGACAAGCAGAUCAUCGAGAUGAGGGACACCGCUUUGAUGAUCUGUUCCGCGUGCUCAACGAAGCUGCCGGCGGCGUUGAAGAUCUCCAAGGAGACGGUCUUGGUGGUGAUUUGCACGACGAUAUUGAUGAUGAUCUCAACGAAGAUGAAGAAGAUGAAGAAAUUGAUGAACUUGAAGAAGAGCUUGAUGAUGCUGAUGAUGAUCAAGCUUCCUAUCAAGGAUUCGAUGAUGAUGAAGAUCUCAUUGAGCCAUGGGGCUGGGAUGGUGAAGACCACGCAAUGCCGCGUGGGCACCAACGCUUCCGUGGUGCUCAGCCCGCUUGGGUCACUGGAAUUAUGCCCGGUCGGCCUGGCAUCGUUCCUAUCCAGCCUUAUCGAUUCCAUCGGAGUCAGGUCCCUGCCCGUGGUACUGACGACGGAACAAACCCACUCCUUGUUCGCAUGGACCGUGGGCCUGAGACGAACCAGCCACGUGGACCUGGCAACGAAGCUUUCACCGAUUGGACUAGCGCUAUAGAGCCUAUGUCCACUGGCCGUCUGCUCCCAAUGGACAGCCCCGUAAGCUUCAUGAACGCAAUCAUGCAAGCCAUCGGAGGGCAAGGUGGUCCAGGAUUCGGAGUGAUCACUCGUCCUGACGGAAUCCAUGUUCAUGUUGACAGACGGGCUAUCUUGCCUAAUCGGAUCCAAGACAUCUUCGGUCUCGGUAGACCCCAGGCCCCUCCAUCUCGUUCACGGGAUGACCCAUCGCAAGCUGUUAGCUUUGCCCUGGCAACGACGCGAAGCCGCUGGCAAGAAGAAGCACGCAUCCUGUUCAGCAGCACGUACGUCGAGAAGACUCAGCGCGUGGUGGAUUCUCUCCUGAAAGUACUGGUCCCCCCUGCUAUUGAGGAAGAGAAGGAGCGUGAAAAGAAAGCGGAAGAAGAACAGAAGCGUCGGGAGGAAGAAAGGGCCGAGCGGGAGCGCCAAGAGCGUAUUGCUAGGGAAGAAGAAGAGAAGGAGCGCAAGCGGCAGGAGGAGGAAGAGAACGCCAGACGGCAGCAAGAGCAAGAACAGCAGGAAGCCGAGAGGCGUGAAGCUGGGGCUGCUGCUGCUGCUGAACAUAUGGACGAUGUUCAGACGGCAGAUUCUGUGGACGAAGCCGCUGCGUCAGCAACUCAACCUGAGCCGGGUCCUUCUGAACCAGUCGAACGAGUGCAUACAACUAUCAGAGGGCGCCAGCUUGACAUCACUGGGAUGGAAAUCGAUCCCGAGUAUCUUGAAGCUCUACCUGAAGAGUUAAGAGAAGAAGUGAUUAUGCAGCAGCUUGCAGAGCAACGGUCGCAAGCCGCGGCAGCCGGUGAAGAGCCCAGUGAGAUCAACCCAGAGUUCCUGGAAGCAUUGCCCACAGAGAUUCGAGAAGAACUGUUGCAGCAAGAAGCGGCUGAUCGUCGUCGGCGGGAGCGUGAGAGUGCCCGCAGACAAGCACCUACCGGUGCAAGUGCACCCACUCGUGCCGAAGACAUGGAUGCGGCCAAUUUCCUCGCCACCUUGGAUCCUGCGUUACGACAAGCGGUCCUCGCCGACCAACCCGAGGAAAUACUUGCGACUUUAGGUCCAGAGUUUGUGACCGAAGCGCGUGCUCUGCCUGGAAGACGCCUCACACAGUUUGGUGAUCUUCCCAGAGUUGAACAUCGACAGAGGACCGAACCAGUUCCCGCGCAAGAAGAGAAGAAGCAACAGCGCCGUCAAAUCGUCCAGAUGCUCGACAAAGCUGGCGUUGCCACAUUGCUUCGCCUGAUGUUCAUGCCUCUUCAAGGAAACGCACGCCACCAGCUCAACGAUAUUCUCUACAACGUCUGUGAGAACCGUCAGAACCGGGUUGAGGUCAUUAGCCUUCUUCUUUCUGUUCUGCAAGAUGGAAGCGUGGAUGUUUCCGCCAUUGAGCGCAGUUUCGCCCAACUCUCGCUCCGGGCAAAGCCUUCUGCACUGCAGAAGGCAACCCCUCAACCUGUCAAGCGAAGUCUAGCUUUCCAAGCUUCUUCGAGCGUCAGCAACGAAGUGACUCCGGUCAUGGUGGUACAGCAGUGCCUGGGAACCCUUUCUUUUCUGUCUCAGUACAAUCCCCACAUCGCGUGGUUCUUCCUCACUGAGCAUGAUCCCUCGUCCAGCCUGAAGCUCAAGGCGCUGCGCAAGGGUAAAGGAAAAGAGAACAAGGCAAACAAAUUUGCCCUGAACGCUCUGCUUACUUUGCUUGACCGCAAACUGAUUAUGGAAAGCCCGAAUUGCAUGGAGCAGCUCUCAACCCUUUUGAGUAGCAUCACGCAACCUCUCACUUUGCUGCUUCGUCGCGAGAAAGAGCGACAGGAGGAGGAAGAGAAGAACAAGAAAGCUCAAGAAGAAAAGGGCGAUGAGCCUGCCAAGGAGGAAGAACAACCCGAGCAGUCUUCAGACGCAGCACAACCCGCGCAGCCCUCCGAAGAAGCACAACCCGCAGAAACUCCUGCGGAUGCUACUAUGACCGAUGCUCCCUUACCAAGUGUCGAAACCACUGAGCCUCAGGACAGUACGUCGGAGCAACCCAAGGAUGGCGCUUCCAAGGAAACCAAGGCGGAGAACGCAAAGGAAGAUGGCAAGUCGAAGAAGAAAGCCAUCGAGCCUCCCGUCGUCCCCGACCACAACCUGCAAUUGGUUGUUCACAUCCUUGCUGCCCGUGAAUGCAAUGGCAAGACUUUCAGGGAUACGCUCUCUACCAUCAACAACCUCUCUGCUAUUCCUGGCGCUCGGGAUGUGAUCGGAAACGAGCUAGUCAGCCAGGCUCAGACCUUAAGCACCACCAUUCUGACCGAUCUGGACGAACUCUUGACGCAUAUCCACCAGGCUAAGAGCGGAACAGACAUGCAAGGUCUGUCUCUGGCCAAGUUCUCCCCGGCCAGCUCUGAUCAAGCCAAGCUGUUGCGUGUUUUGACUGCUCUUGAUUACCUGUUUGACCCUAACCGCGCCGACAAGGUCAAGGGAAGCGAGCCGGAUCCUGCCGCCAAGGAGGAUGUCUUACAGACCUUGUACGAGAGCUCUACCUUUGGUCCUCUGUGGACCAGACUGAGCGAAUGCUUGACUGUCAUCCGACAAAAGGAGAAUAUGCUGAACGUGGCUACAAUUCUUCUGCCUUUGAUUGAGGCUCUGAUGGUGGUCUGCAAGAACACCACACUAAAGGAAACUUCUCUGACCCGUAACAGCCGUGAGCUGUCUGUGUCAAGCACGGGUGAUUCUAGUUUAAGCAUGGAGAGUCUGUUCUUCAAGUUCACGGAGGAGCACCGCAAGAUACUCAACGAGCUUGUUCGCCAAAAUCCCAGGUUGAUGAGCGGAACAUUCUCCCUCCUCGUCAAGAACCCCAAGGUCCUGGACUUCGACAACAAGCGGAAUUACUUCACUCGCCGCAUCCAUUCCCGUGGAGCAGAGCCUCGUCACCCCCACCCUCCUCUGCAGUUAUCUGUAAGGAGAGAUCAAGUCUUCCUCGACUCCUUCAAGUCGCUCUACUUCAAAUCGGCAGAAGAGCUGAAGCAUGGCAAAUUAAAUGUCCGGUUCCACGGCGAGGAAGGUGUUGAUGCCGGAGGUGUCACUCGAGAGUGGUUCCAAGUCCUUGCCCGUGGCAUGUUCAACCCUAAUUAUGCCUUGUUCAUCCCCGUUGCUUCUGACCGGACUACUUUCCAUCCUAAUCGCCUGAGUGGCAUCAACUCGGAGCAUCUGAUGUUCUUCAAGUUCAUCGGCCGAAUCAUCGGCAAGGCCCUGUACGAGGGUCGGGUACUUGAUUGCCAUUUCAGCCGAGCGGUCUACAAGUGUAUUCUGGGCCGGUCAGUCUCCAUCAAGGAUAUGGAAACGCUUGAUCUGGACUAUUACAAGUCGCUCCUUUGGAUGCUCGAGAACGAUAUCACCGAUAUCAUUACCGAGACCUUCUCUGUUGAGACGGACGACUUUGGAGAGAAGCAGGUGAUUGACCUGAUCGAGAAUGGGCGUAACAUCCCUGUUACCCAAGAGAACAAGGAGGAAUACGUGCAGCGCGUGGUCAAUUAUCGCUUGUUCAGUUCUAUCCAGGAGCAGCUUGACAAUUUCCUGAAGGGAUUCCACGAGAUCAUUGCCCCUGAUCUGAUCUCUAUCUUCAAUGAACAGGAGUUGGAGCUGCUGAUUUCUGGUCUUCCCGAGAUCGAUGUGGACGACUGGAAGGUGAACACCGAAUACCACAACUACUCUGCCUCCUCGUCCCAGAUCCAGUGGUUCUGGCGGGCAGUCCGCUCAUUCGACAAGGAAGAGCGUGCCAAACUCUUGCAGUUUGUGACCGGAACUAGCAAGGUACCGCUCAACGGCUUCAAGGAGCUUGAGGGUAUGAAUGGCGUUAGUCGAUUCAACAUCCACCGCGAUUACGGCAACAAGGAUCGCCUCCCAAGCUCGCACACAUGCUUCAAUCAGCUUGAUCUUCCGGAGUAUGAGAGCUACGAGACUCUCCGACAACGUCUUUAUACCGCCAUGACGGCCGGUAGCGAAUAUUUCGGGUUUGCAUAAAAUUGGUGGUGCUGUUUUCUUUUUCCAUGUGGCGAACAAAAUCAGUUUUUCUUUUCGAUUUACAGUCUUCGUUUCAAUGCCGAAGCAUUUGAUGGCGUUUUUGACACAUUGCUAUGCUUUAUCAUCGGGGUGGAUUGUUUACGGGGAUGUUUUGUGAAAGGAAAGAUGGCUGGGGCUACCCGGAGACACUGAUUGAAGUGCAGGUCAAUCAGUGAUCGAGGUGGUGGUUGGGUGGCUUAUACCCUGUCCCGGCGGCUUUCCUUUUCUUUUCUUUUUCCUUUUCAUGUUUUACCUAGAUUUAUCUUUUGUUGAUUAGUAUUUUCACACUGUGUAAUAAAUGCGACGCUUUUCUUCAAGUG